AUGGAUGAGGCUGGACGUAAACGUGCCGAAGACGUGGGCAUCGCAGGAUUCAAGCCCCAGGGCCCCGGUGCCGCCUCGGCCGGCUUCGAUGGGUUCACGCCCGGGUGCCCCCGGGGCCACUUUACAGUUGAUUACUCAGCUAUUUCACAGCCCUCUGUCAAUUGGGGCCCUGAAGUACCCGGUCCAAGUUCCUAUGAUGACUGCUCUUCAUCGAAAGCAUUGCAUAUUGCGAAUAUAAUAAUGGAAGACGAGAGCUUCGCCUAUUCAGAGAGACCCGCUAAGCGGGUUCGUCAGGCCUGUGAGCCUUGCAGGCGUAAGAAGGCUAAAUGCCCCGGAGAGCAGCCGGUCUGUUCUCUAUGUGCCAGACUACGGCAACAAUGUCUAUACGCCGAUGAAAGGCGUCGGCCACUUCCCGAGACGAGUCCAAGGCUCAAUGAUUCAGACUCUCGAACAUCUCAUGUUCUGGAAGAUAGAUUGCGAAGCCUUGAAAGCAAAGUAGGAGAGGUCCUGGAUGUACUUGGCUCGAGGAGUGAGCCGCAAAUACCCACAGAAUCUCUUGUUCCGUCUGUGAUAUUGGCAAUGCCAAGCUCAUCUAUUACCUUACCACCGUGGGAGGAGAUUAUUCCUAUUGCGGAACUAUAUUUGCUAUAUUGUGACUCUCAGCCUUUGCCUCUUUUCCACAGGAAUAGCUUUCUCUCCAGUCUACAAACACGCGAGGCAGAGCUUCUUUUUGCUAUAUUGGCACUCGCCCUCCGCUUCUCAUACUCUCACCCCAACAGGGCCGAUUCCACCAGCCUGAUAAAUGGCUAUGCUGAGGUUGCUCGGGGUCUCGUUAUGAAAAGAGUCUCAGAAGGGCCAGUGGAGCUUUCGACGCUUCAAUGUCUCUGUAUCUUGAGCUUGGUUGACUUUACGAACGGCAAUACACAUCGUUCCAGCAUCCACAGCAGCUUAGCAAUGAACCUUGCACAAUGUGCCAAUCUUGGACAAGAGCCCCGUUCGUCGAGCAGCACCAUAGUGCGCGAAGAACGCAGGCGCUGUUUCUGGAGUAUAUGUCUUCUCAAACGACUACACGGCGGUGAUUUCCCAAUCCCAGAUAUACCCCAGGCCGGAGGCCCUCCAUAUCCCCAAAGCCCGGCACGACCAGCACGAUUCCUCUCCCCGGGGCCGUCAACCGUCGAAGCACGGCAAAGUGACAUGCAAGAUGAAGGAAUCAUUGCAUAUGUGGUAGUCCUGAGCGAAGUAUUCGCAAGGACAGCACGAUACGUGCGCCUUCACGGACGCCCAAGCAAUGUCCCACCUUGGUCUCCUCAUUCCGAAUACUCGAAAAUUCUCGCUUUACAAAUGGACCUCGAGACUCGCAUGCCGUAUCUUCAUCGGUUCAAGCCAGCCAACCUCGGUGAACGCUCUCUCGAGGAAUUACAGACUCAUCGUGAAUACUGGGGCCCGUGGUUUCUGAAUCAAUUCAUGUAUCAUACCAGCCUGUGUCUACUCAAUCAUCCCCUGCUUCUCUCGCUCAGCCUUCGGAAUUUCCGGAGCACUAUCCCGGAGAUCUUCUUACAGCACACCUCGGACUUGAUCUCCUCACAUACAACUUGGAUCAUCCACUUCAUCAACUGCUUUGAAGAGAAGUCAUUUCUAGUAUCAGAUCCGUUACUAGGCUACAGCGCCGCCGUUGUCGCUACAAUCGAGCUGCAACUCAGUUUCACAGACGAUUUGACUAUUAGAGAACAUAAGCGGGAAAGAUUCGCCAAGUGUGUCAAAUUUGUGCAAACCGUAGGAGAAAGGUGGCCGCACAUGGCUCGAUUGGCACAUAGAUUACAGCGACUAGAAGACGCAGUCUCGGCAACCUACCAAUCAGACCCAGGCGCGCAAAAUCAAAGCCUCCUAAUCGAUCUAUCCCGAUUCUGGGAAAUCCUCGAAUACUCAUCCAACAGCGACACAGACUCUGCUCGGCGUCUAUUUGGGGAGUCACUGUAUUCCGGUUCGUCUUCGGUGGGCGCAGAAGUAUCUCAGACAUCUCCUUUGCCUCCGCCGUUCCGGUUGACUGUCCAGGAACAAGAUACACCAAAUAUUCGGUCUCACUCGUUCAGUACCAAUACCGCCUUUCCUAGCCAGGACUACCCAGCAAACCCUUUACUCUCGUCGCAGCAUUUGACGAUGUCUAAUGAUGAGUUCUCUAUUCUUGCUACCAAUUUCUUUUCGCAGGGGCAAGAGUUCCUGCGCAGUGGUGAUAACUGGGAAAGUGUUGGGAAUUUCUAA